CGCUAUCUUUUAUUUUAUUACUUUCUUUGGUUUCAGGUCAUCAUAAUGGAUGAGAAUUUAACUGAUCAGCAUAAUUUAUCAGAGCUAGAGAAUACAACAAUGGAUGCCAUGAUGAGAGAUUGGACUAAUCUUCCAAGGGAGCUUUUGAGCUUGAUCUUGUCACAUCUCUUUCUUUACGAUAUCAAAAGGUUCUGCAAUGUCUGCAAAACAUGGCAAUCAGUUCCUUCCCAACAAGUAGUGCCAUCUCCAAUUCAUUGCCCAAUCGCCGAAUCUCAUUGGCUCGGUUUUUCCGUGGAUACAAAUGCCUUUGAAUUUUUACAGCCCGUUAUACAGGGACACAUACCAAAUGGCUAUUCCUCCUGAGUUAUCCGGUGUAGUACUUUGCUUCUCCAAUAAUGGUUGGUUGCUUAUGUCUAGAGGUAAAUACUCUAUGUUCUUCUUCAAUCCCUUCACCAAUGCAAAAAUUGACCUUCCAGAUUUACCUGAAUAUUACUAUUUUGAUACUGUAUCCUUCUCUUACGUGCCUACAUCCUUAGACUGUACCGUUUUUGGCAUACUCGGCCUUUUUAAUGAUAUAGCUUGGUUUUCAUCCAUUUCUCGUGGUGAGGAAUCUUGGACUUGGGCUAAGGUUAAUAGCAAUCUAAAUUUUCAACCAUCUCAUAGUAAUGCAGUUUUCUACAAUGAGGUCUUUUACUGUUUGGGUCAAGAUUGUAACUUGGGGGUGUUUAAUCCGAAGGAAGAGGAUUCGAGCUGGACAGUUCUUGAUGGCCCCAAGAAACCCCGUGGCUGUGAUUCUGUGUAUGAAAGUUAUCUAAUGGAGUGUUGUACGGGAAGGAAAUAAUUCUCCUCGUAUAAUCCUGUUGACCAAGUCCACGCUCCUCCGUACGUCGUCGCUCUGUCACCUGAAAACACAAACGUGAGCUAGCCGGCGGGUGUGUGC